GAAGGCACCUUAUUCGAUAAUCCUAUUACCUUCCACUUCGACUUAGGAUUUCUAGCUCUAUACUCCUGCUACUCCGAUAAGUAGGUACAUAGAGUUUGAUGAGAUGGAGCCAGAAUUCUACUCAUUGGCGGAUAUACUAGCUGUUGCUAAUAUCCACCCCUUUUACGUCUUUGAUGUUAAGUACCCUCCUAACACGCACAUCAUCCAAAUCGCGAGGAAACGGGCCCUGAAGCAAGUGACAGAGGAAGACCUGAAACUGCAGCCAUUGCUCCGGAAGAAGAGUCUUUAUACCACUAUCAGGAGGCUCAUAGAUGAUACAAGCCCUCUGAAUACGUUUCGCCAAGGCAUCUAUGCCAGCAUAAGUGGUGGAGCUUCUGAGUCGAAGCCACUAUUCUUCGCAACAGAUGUUCAUGAGAACCGAAGGCACCGGGCCUAUUUCGGCCGGUUCCUUCAUAUGACCGGAGUCGUCAAGCCUGGAGAUUGGGUUCUGUCGGUCCACGCCGCUGGUGAACUCUACCGAUCCCUAGAUCUCACACUAGAGAUACUCGAAAACGCCGGGGCCUCGGUGCUGAGCGCCGGGAAUCACAUGUCGCCCGCCGAAGUGUGUACACUUCUAGCAGACUACCACGUCAAUGUGUUAAGCGGUGCUAGCAGCCAAGUGGUACAUGUGGUACACCACAUUUCCACCCUUCCCGACGAGAAGAGAGCCCAGAUCAAGCUUGACAAGAUCAUUUAUACAUCGGAAACUCUCACUCGAGCCCAGAGGGGGCACAUAUAUGCCAUUCUUGGUCCUGUCAAAAUCUGCUCUAUGCUAGGCAGUGCAGAAGCGGGUCCAUGGGCAAUCAGCAACCCCGACUUGAUUGAAAACGACAUCACCGCAAGCCAUGCGAACUUCAUUUUCGAUACACGCGCUACCUUGAUUGAGACCCUUUCUGCGAGUGUUCUGCAAGAUGAUCCUAAUCCUAACUCCGUGCCCGAUGGAAGGUUAGGCAUCAUCGCACAAACGUCUCUCACUCGUCUUCGAAAUCCCUUAGUGCGCUAUCUCACUGGUGAUAUUGGCUCGCUUCAUCCCCUACCCGAUGAUACUCGUUCCAUGAUCCCCAAGGAAGAUUGGCCAUAUUUGCGUGUUCUGCGGCUCGCAGGUCGCGAUCGCCGAUUCAGCUUCGAGUGGGAUGGGGAUUAUGUUGAAUUCGAGGAGCUGACAUUUUUGAUUGAGAGCCCUGAGUGUGGGGUUCUACAGUGGCAGGUUGUCCUGGAUAAGAUGCAGCCCUCUCUGGAGUCAUCGCUAGAAAUCCGUUUGCUUUGUUCCCCAAGGGAGAAUGAGAGUCUGUUGAUAUACGAGUACGUUCUUAUUGAUCGAAUAAGAGCGUUCUUCCAUGUUUAUUCUGCGAAUGAACAUAGAUUCCAUAUCGUUCUUGUUAAAAAUCUCGACGAUUUCGAAAGAAGUACCACUGGAAGAAAAGUUAUCAAGUUCAUAGAUCGAUAUAAUUAGAUUUUGGAUGCCACGCUGUGUGAAGCAAGGGAUGCUACACAGAACUGACAAUCAGCGUCGCACCAAAGUCUCCGAAGGUAAAAGGAACGAUUGUCAUUAAAAUCCCGCUGUUG